AUUUAUGCCUCUCUCCCCAUAUACAACUCCGGCGGCGUCCCAUUACAGAUAUCACAAGACGUACUCUUUAUGGACCUCAUCUGGACAUUGGCGGAAGAUAGAUCAGAAAGGCUCAGCUAAAACAUCCACUUGCACAUCAGGAAAGACGGUCGGCCUUGCCGGAGUUGUAUAUGGGGAGAGAGGCAUAAAUCUUUGGCAAAGACAGGACGCCGACCCGUGUGCUGCUAUUGCCAACCAGACAUUUGCUGUUCCAUCUAAAGUGCUUGCCUGCUUCAAAGUAGUCUUUGUUGAUACUGACGGGGUUAACUCGGCCACUCAGAUCGCCGAUGUAAUUAGCAAGUCACUCAACUUUCAUACUUCUACAAAUUAUCAACUUUCAUCCACCGUCUUUCCUGAUGUGCAAGUGGAUAUUCAAGCUGAGCUCCAGAGGAUAAAGGGGUCGACGUAUUCUAGCGACUCGUGUCGAGCCAAGAUUUCCUAUCUUCCAUUUCCACUUGUCAACUUGGCUUCUGGAUCCCAACAGACCAAUCAAACUAUCUUUAUUGCCCCCGAGGCAUUCGAGGUGGCAUCCAAAGAAUUCGCUCCCUUUUUGGACCAGUGGCAGGGCUUGGCCGGGUUCAACUUCACCAAGUACUCAAGUGCCCAAGUGAUUGCUAUCGACGGGUUGGACCCUUGGAUAGCAGUUGAAGAAAACGCGAAAGUGAUCGGCUCUUGGCAAGGACGCUCUCAACGUGAAAAUUCAUUCUUUUCCUCUUAUAUCCGUGGAGGAACAGGAUGGACGUAUCGUAUGGGUGACUUUGCUGCUCGAAGUCUCCCACCAUCCAACAACACUCUCAGCCUGACCGUUAUCCCAGCUAAUUCUACCGAGCCAGAAACCAUCAACGUCCCUUUCAUCUCUCGUAUAACAGUACCCCACUUUACCGACUCGCUAGACUUUUGGAACCAAAACUGCGUCGCCACUUUCGAAACCAAUGGAGCGGACUACUAUCAAUCCGGUGUCAUGGCCAUGCAAGCAGGCACAGUUACACGAGUAGACCCUUCUCCGCCCAAGUUCGCUGAGCCGAUCGCACCACAAGAUAGGAAACAACUCCUUUCGAGCUUUGUUGACACGACGUCUUUUACCAACAUUGAUCUCCCAACCCGAAUUGCUCCCUCUGCCCCUGUUGCGA